ACAGAGCGCGUGUGUCUUAUCCAGGGGACGGUGGAGGCGCUGAACGGCGUCCACGACUUCAUCGCUGAGAAAGUGAGGGAGAUGCCUCAGAGCACUCAGAAGACAGAGCCGGUCAGCAUCCUGCAGCCUCAGACCACCGUCAACCCAGACCGUGUCAAACAGGCCAAGCUCAUCGUACCCAAUAGCACGGCGGGGCUGAUCAUCGGAAAAGGUGGAGCUACAGUUAAGGCAGUGAUGGAGCAGUCUGGCGCAUGGGUGCAGCUAUCCCAAAAGCCAGAGGGCAUAAACCUGCAGGAACGUGUGGUCACCAUCAGCGGAGAACCCGAGCAGAACCGCAAAGCUGUCGAGAUCAUCGUCCAGAAGAUCCAGGAAGACCCACAGAGCUCCUCCUGCCUCAAUAUUUCCUACUCCAACAUCACGGGGCCAGUCGCCAACUCCAACCCCACCGGUUCCCCGUACGCCAACUCCACCGAGGUCAUGCCUGCUGCAGCAGCUGCUGCGGCAGCCACCGCCUCCUCUCUGCUGGGCCAAGCUGGCCUGGCAGGAGUGGGGGCCUUCCCCGCCACCAUGUCCAGCCUCUCAGGUAAUGACCUGCUGACCAUCACCUCCGCCCUCAACACUCUGGCCAGCUACGGCUACAACACCAACUCCCUGGGUCUUGGGCUGAACCCCGCUGCAGCCUCAGGCGUGUUAGCCGCUGUAGCAGCUAACGCUAAUCCAGCAGCUGCCGCUGCAGCAAAUUUGUUAGCAUCCUACGCCAGCGAUGCAUCCACUAGCGCCGCUCACCCAGCAGCCGGUCUCGGAGGCUUCUCCCUGGGAUCCUUGGCUGCCGCCACAGGCGCCACCAAUGGCUACUUAAGCGCUGCGUCACCUCUAGUGGCGUCAUCUCUACUGGCCACAGAGAAGCUAGCAGAAGGAGCGAAGGAAGUGGUCGAGAUUGCCGUGCCAGAAAACCUGGUGGGAGCCAUCUUGGGGAAAGGAGGGAAGACGCUAGUGGAGUACCAGGAGCUGACUGGUGCCAGGAUUCAGAUCUCCAAGAAGGGCGAGUUCAUCCCUGGAACUCGGAACAGGAAGGUCACCAUCACGGGUUCCCAGGCCGCCACACAGGCUGCACAGUACCUGAUCAGCCAGCGGAUCACCUACGAGCAGGGGGUACGCGCCACCAACCCACAGAAGGUGGGCUAAACCUGACAGCCAAUGAGAAA